AUGGAGGAAAAUCACGCCCCAGCUUUGGAAUCAAUCCCAAACGGAGACCACGAGGCUGCAACCACCACCAACGAUUUUAAUACCCAUAUCCAUACCAACAACGACCAUGGCUGGCAGAAGGUCACUGCAAAGCGCCAGAGGAAGGCCAAACCCUCCAAGGCAGAUUCAAUCAACAAUCUCAAUAAGCUCGUCCCCGGCGUCACGAUCGCUGGCGGAGAAGGCGUUUUCCGUUCCCUGGAGAAGCAAUCGGAGGAUCGACGCCGCCGGAUUCUUGAAGCCCAGAGGGCGGCCAAUGCCGACGCCGACAGUUUUGCUCCGGUGAGAUCGAAGCUCCGGUCCGACGAUGAGGAUGGGGAGGACAGCGAUGAUGAAUCUGUGGCGCAGAACGUGAAGGCCGAGGAGGCGAAAAAGUCGAAGCCUAAGAAGCCGAAGAAGCCUAAGGUCACGGUCGCUGAGGCGGCAGCUAAGAUCGACGAUGCAAACGAUCUCUCGGCCUUCCUCAUUGACAUUUCGGCUUCGUACGAGUCGAAGGAGGACAUACAGCUAAUGCGGUUUGCGGAUUAUUAUGGCCGUGCAUUCUCUGCAGUGACUGCUGCGCAGUUUCCAUGGGUGAAGAUGUUCAGGGAAUCAACGGUGGCCAAGCUUGCCGAUAUCCCCCUUUCCCAUAUUUCUGAAGCCGUUUACAAGACAUCAGUUGACUGGAUCAGCCAACGUUCCCUUGAGGCCCUUGGAUCCUUUAUAUUAUGGUCUUUAGACAGCAUUCUUGCAGACCUCGCGAGUCAGGUAGCUGGUGCCAAGGGCUCCAAGAAGAGUGUACAGAAUGUUUCAUCAAAAUCUCAGGUUGCGAUAUUUGUGGUUGUUGCAAUGGUAUUGCGAAAAAAACCUGAUGUAUUGAUUAGUAUAUUGCCAACAUUGAGAGAAAAUUCAAAGUAUCAAGGACAAGAUAAGCUUCCAGUAAUCGUAUGGGCAAUAUCUCAGGCUAGUCAAGGAGACCUGGCUGUUGGGUUGCAUGCAUGGGCACACAUUGUUUUGCCUCUAGUAAGUGGAAAGGGUAGUAAUCCACAGUCCCGGGAUCUUAUUUUGCAGCUAGCGGAAAGAAUUUUGUCUACACCAAAAGCUCGGACUAUUUUAGUAAAUGGUGCUGUCAGGAAGGGAGAGCGUUUGGUACCACCUUCUGCAUUUGAGAUACUUAUUGGAGUUACCUUUCCUGCUCCUUCAGCUAGAGUUAAGGCCACCGAAAGGUUUGAGGCUAUAUAUCCGACCCUAAAAGCAGUGGCUCUAGCUGGCUCUCCUAGAAGCAAAGCGAUGAAACAAGUUUCACUGCAAAUAUUGAGUUUUGCUGUUAAAGCAGCAGGAGAAAGUAUACCUGCAUUGUCCAACGAAGCAACUGGAAUUUUUAUUUGGUGUUUGACCCAACAUGCUGAUUGCUUCAAGCAGUGGGACAAGGUUUACCAGGAAAACUUAGAAGCGAGUGUUGCUGUUCUGAAGAAGCUUUCUGAUCAAUGGAAAGAGCAUUCUGCAAAACUCACUCCUUUUGAUCCUAUGAGGGAAACUCUCAAAAGUUUUAGGCACAAGAAUGAGAAGAUGUUGGCCAGUGGGGAGGAUGAGGCCCACCAGGAAAAACUCAUCAAGGAUGCAGACAAGUAUUGUAAGACAUUACUGGGGAAGUCGUCACGGGGCAGCGGGUGCAAGAAAAGUGUUGCCCUUGCUGUCGUUGCCUUGGCUGUUGGUGCCGCUGUCAUGUCACCAAACAUGGAGUCUUGGGAUUGGGAUUUGGAGAAACUAAGAGUGACUAUCAGCUCUUUUUUUGACUGA